AUGAGUUUAACGGCAUCGACGGCAAAGUCGAUCGUUUCGACGCCGUUUUCCAUCAACGACAUUCUCACCAGAAGUCGACGAGCGGAGCGUCGUAGUUCGGGCGAGUCGUCUGGAAACGAGGACGAUCUGAAGCUGUUCUACCACCACCAUCACCACCAUCGUCAGCAUCCUCCACAUCCUCAUCAUCCCCAUCACCAUCUUCCUCCACACCCUCUUCACCAACACGGCCUCCGCCAUCAUCAUCAUCAUCAGCAGCAACAGCAUCACCUUCGACGGACCUCCGAAACUCCGUCCGCCUCGAGUCCACGCCGAAGCGCCGAGGAAGGAUUCUACGGAAAGCUGAACUUGGGAUAUUACAACAAUAACAACAACAACACCGCUGGUUGUGGCCCCAUCCAGGCCGGAUUUCCCAUCGGAUUGCGUCGAGGAUCGUUGGAUUGUUUCAUGGUGUCGCCGGAAUCGGGCCGAGGUGAUGGUGAAGGAGAAGGCUCGCUGCAACGCAGCUCCCCGAUGGAAGGAAGCCCGGAGGGAGCGGCAAGUGCGGCGGAUCGUAUCACCAACAUGCUGCUGGACGGCGGAAGUCGAAGCGACCCCAACGGAGCCACUUGUUACCGGUUCUCGAAGUCAACUCCGCAGCGCAACGAAAGUCCAAUCGAUAUGCGACGAUCGACGGAAAACGAUUCCGACGGUGACUCACCGUCACCUUUCGCGAAUGGCCUUUCGCUGCCCGGCCAAACGAACCCACCCCUGAUGGGGGGCGAGGAAAUGCCGUCCGCUCGGAAAAAGCGUUCCCGGGCCGCCUUCAGCCACGCGCAGGUGUUCGAACUCGAGCGUCGCUUCGCCCAACAGCGCUACCUCUCCGGUCCGGAGCGAGCCGAGCUGGCCAAGAACCUGCGGCUGACUGAGACGCAGGUGAAGAUCUGGUUCCAGAACCGGCGCUACAAAACCAAGCGAAAGCAGAUCCAACAGCACGAAGCAGCGCUCCUCAGCGCGACCAAGCGAGUUCCGGUGCAGGUGUUGGUGCGGGAGGACGGUUCCUACGGGCCGAUGUUGACCGCCGGGCAGCCACACUACGCCACCGGUCUCGAUCCGGCCCUACUCAACGUUUACCGCCAUCAGAUUCAAAUGGCGUACGGAAUGCCGGGAAUUCCGCCGAUGCCAUUCUCCUACUUCUACCCGUCGAAGAUCGCCACCGUCCCGAGCGGCCCACUAGCCCCGUCCGUCGUCCUUCCCACCACGUCCACCUCGGGCUCCUGCAAACCACCCACGUCCUCCCAGCACGGCCCCUCUCUUACGCACGGGCCGCUUAACUUUUCCACACGCAGCGAAAGCGACUCGGAAAAUCCGGCCGCUUCCUCCUCCGGGCGCCGGUCGCGAUCACCUUCGGAAAACUCGGGCCUAGGGUCGGAGGAGGGUCGCGGGCGGGCGGAGGUAGAGCGCGGAAGUGGCCACUGUAGUGUGCUAUCGUCGGCCGGCGAAGGUGACGAGGAUGAGUGUGAAAAUGUGGAAAUCGAUUGA